GCCCUCGUUUUCGCGCGAGGGCCGAAGCGCGCGACAACAGGACUUCCAAGCCCGUGGCAGGAGGCCAGAUUAUUGCCUUGGACCUCAUUUACGACAAAUGCUGUCCUAUGGGUGCACGCGAUUGGAGAUUGGCGUUCAGAGCACGUACGAGGAUGUUGCACGUGAUACUAACCGCGGACACACGGUCGCAGCUGUUGCAGACUGUUUCUGCCUUUCCAAGGACGCCGGCUUCAAGGUUGUUGCGCAUAUGAUGCCGGAUUUGCCAAAUGUUGGUAUGGAGAGAGACAUUGAGAGCUUUCGGGAGUUUUUCGAAAGCCCUGCAUUCCGAGCAGAUGGGCUCAAAAUAUAUCCGACGCUUGUCAUUCGUGGAACUGGAUUGUAUGAGUUGUGGAAGACUGGCAAGUAUCGGAACUAUCCCCCAGAUCAGUUGGUUGAUCUCGUGGCCCGCGUUUUGUCUCUGGUUCCGCCAUGGACGCGAGUCUACCGGAUACAGAGGGAUAUCCCCAUGCCACUGGUAACCUCCGGAGUUGAGAAAGGCAAUCUAAGGGAGCUCUCUCUUGCGAGAAUGGUGGACCUUGGACUGAAAUGCCGUGAUGUUCGCACUCGAGAGGCAGGCAUCCAGGACAUUCAUUUCAAGAUUAAGCCUGAAGAAGUAGAGCUUGUCAGAAGGGACUACACGGCUAACGGAGGAUGGGAGACAUUCUUGUCAUAUGAAGACACCAAGCAGGAUAUCCUUGUUGGCCUCCUUCGAUUGAGGAAGUGUGCACGCAAUGUCACUUGCCCCGAACUUUUUGGACGAUGCUCCAUUGUUCGCGAGCUUCAUGUUUACGGAACAGCGGUCCCUGUGCAUGCUCGUGAGGAGGACAAGCUGCAACAUCAGGGAUACGGAACGCUGCUCAUGGAGGAGGCAGAGAGAAUCGCAUGGAGGGAGCAUCGCUCUACGAAAUUGGCGGUGAUCUCUGGUGUGGGCACACGCCAUUACUACCGCAAACUCGGAUAUGAGCUGGAAGGACCCUAUAUGGUCAAACACCUCAAGAACAAAUGACUCGAAUUCGAAUGAUUCGAUCGAACACCUCAAGAAAUAGGUCACUUUUCAAAUUUGGCCAAAGUUUCCACAACAAAACGAGUCCUUAUCU